UAACCUUAUAUCUGAUCCUCGAAUGUAUUAAAUAAUAAAAUAAUUCAUCACCGCAUUUGACUGCAACUCAUACUCAUUUUGAUACGAGAUAGCCUAGCAUGUACCAAAGUAACGAAUAAAUCUACAUCAUCUAUGUUCUCGACCUCACAAGGAUACUUUCAAGAAUCAUCUUUUUUUUUGACAUCGGGUCCACAGCUUUCCGCUUUCUAUUCAAACCUUCACUUCACUCUAUUCCAAGUUCUACUUAGUUACUUUUAAUUCAUAACGCACUACAACAUUACAAUACUACUUACAAUAUUGCCUAAAACUCGGCAUCGACUUCUGCUGUGGCAUUCUUCCGAAUUCCAUCUGUAUAAUAUCUAUCAUUCAUUAUCUCUAACCUUCAAAAAUCCCUUGUCGUCGGCCAAUGUUAUUGGGAAUACGGAAAUAUAACAAGAGAAUCUUCUGCGAAGGUUCGCAACAUACUCAAUCGUGGCGGUAUACAAUCAGCCUUAUCUUGCGCCAGGAUUUGAUCUGGAAUAUCAUUAUCUUCAACCAGACCCGUCGCCACUAUAUUCGGGCUCUGCCAGUACCGUAUCGGAUUUGACUAUCAUCGGCGAUCAGCAAUACGCUUCACCAAAUUAUCCCAUUGGCGACAACAGUCCCAGACCUACGAAACGUCAGAAGGUUGAUGGGAAGCCUAGGCAGAUUAAAAUUCGAGCGAAUAUAAAUAAUCAGAUGCCAGGAAAUGAUGCGUCUUCCGCAACUGCUGCGGAGGCUUCUACGGUUGCUGCAAAUAAACCAAAAAGAGUGCGAACGGGAUGUUUGACAUGCAGAGAAAGACAUUUGAAAUGUGAUGAAGGAUUACCAAAUUGUCUAAAUUGCCGGAAAUCAAGUAGGGAAUGUAAGAGAGGGGUACGGUUAAAUUUUAUCGAUACUCAGAUCAAAUCACCACCAAUCAUCCCUCCUACGGCAGAUUGGUCAGGUUAGUAGCUCAAAGGCUCUUUUUCACCAUGUAUUUACUCACGAAUAUUCAGUCCAAUUCCAAGAUGAGUCCCGCGAAAUAGCUUCAGAAUACAAGGGCGGCUUGAGUCGAUAUGCUCACAUCGAUCAGACGAUUACUCCUCCUCGAGAACCACCCACUGAGUAUCCUCUAAGGCCCGUGGCCAUUGAUCCUAUGAUGCAAGAGAAUGCACUACCACCAAUACAAACUACAGGUUCUUUCAUGGAAAGUAAUCUUGGGGUGAAGCAAGAUAUGGCACCUUUGGCACAUUCUAGACAAACAAGUCGACAUUUAUCGCAUGCCGGGAGUGAGGGUUCCAGUUAUUUAACUGCGCCCACUGCAUAUAGCACUUCCGAACAAAUCAUCACACCACCUAAUGAAACUCGAGAUUAUCUCACCUCACCGGAAGAAGUUUUAUUCAUGCAAGUUUUCGUUGAAGAGGUUGGAUUAUGGAUGGACAGUAUGGAUCCGAUGAAGCACUUUUCUAGGAUAUUACCGUUCCAUUCUUUAGGGGAGCCUAUGCUUCUCAAUGCUUUCCUAGCAUGUGGAGCUCGACAUUUGACUCUUGUUAAUCCUAUUUACCAGGAGGACAAAGCAUUAUAUUAUUACGAUACAGCCACUACUCAAUUGUUAAGAUCGUUACAGAAUCCCGAUCGAGAUACUGUCAUUUGUGCAACUACAGCUGUCAUCCUGAACGUUUACGAGAUCAUGUCCGAAAGAGCGAUGCAACGUAUGAACCAUAUUGCCGGAGCACGAGCUUUGAUCAAGGAAUGUGGAUGGAAUGCACGAAGUACUGGUGUAGGAGCUGCGUGCUUUUGGCUUAAUGUUGGCAUGGAAUUGCUCAGUUGUCUUCAUUUCAAUUGGCAAGUAGCUUGGGAGCCGGAUCAGUGGGGAGUUGACAUGGACUUUUCAAGGGAGUUGGAAGUUGGACGAGAGGAAGUCUGGGUUUAUCGAAUGUUAUACAUCGUUGGUAAAAUCGCGAAUUUCAGGGCCUCGAUUCCACGAUUUCAGGAGGCUUCACCACACGAUGAGCAAAUUCGAUUGCAAUCUAGGUAUGCGGAGUGGCAAAGGUUAAAGAAUCUUUGUGAUAGCUGGAAUAGUAGUAUACCUCGGACUAUGCACCCCAUGGCUUAUUUGUAUCCGUCACAGACCACUUCGAAAUCCGCCUUCCCGGAAGUCUGGUGAGUAUCUUUUUAUUAGGUUGGGUGUACAAAGUAACCAUACUAAUCUAAGAAUUGCAGGCUUCUCAAACGUGCCACGAUCGUUGGUAGAUUGUUCUACCACACAGCAAUGUGCCUUCUCCCUCAAAUUAAUCCGUUAUUGAGCCCAGAAAAUGAAGAGAUGCAUGAAAUGCAACAAAAUCAUUCUCAUUCUAUAUGUGGCAUUGUGGCACAUGUCAAGGAUAGAGGAGUGGCUAGUGUAGCACUUCGUUCUUUGGCUAUCGCUGCUGAAUGUUUAGUUGUUCGACGUGAACAAGAGGAAGUACUCGAUAUAUUUGAGAAAAUUCGAAAAGAGACUGGUUGGAGAGUGGGAUUCUUAAAUAAAGAACUCAAAUCGAAGUGGGGUUGGCCAGAUGAAGCGGCACAGCAACAACAAAUGAUGGCACAAUCGAGUUCCUUGUCACAAUUCUUCCCUUCUAACACACAAGCAGCGACCACGAAUUUACCACCUGCACCACCAAGACCGUCGAUUCCCAGUGGUAUCUUGAAUCCUCUUCUGAAAACUGCAGAUUUCUCCCUACCAAAUCAUCCAUACCAACAAUAUUAUCAACCACCGAAUACUACCAAUCAAUUUACUCAUACAUAUCUUUGAAUGCUGUACCUUAGACUUCAGACGACCAUUUUACUUCCACGUUCACUCUUCAUUGAUUAAUUCCUCUUGAAAGCUUAUUGAAAUGAUACUCGGGAGGACAAACCGGAAGAAAGCAACUUUGCGUAUGGAUUAAACGGCACGAAAUGAAACUUAGCGUUACGAAUUGGGUGACAUUCCUGUCAAAUAGGCGUUUAAGGAAUAAAUAAUCAACAUUAGGUGGGCGACUCGAUAGAGUCUUGUUCUUGAACAUAACCUUGGAGUUGGAAGGAAGGAGGUUUUUGUCCAGCGUUGUUCUUGGAUAGCGCAGCAUCAUAAACCGGGAGAGGCUUGCACAAUAGGGUGUUAUGUUGAAUCAUAUUUCCCAAUGCUAUAGCAAUGAUAUCAAUGGGAGUAUAUCCGAUAUUAUAGACCCCUUCUUGGAAAAGUUUUGAAAUCAACAUACAAUUUCAUAAUGUUAAUGAGGCUAUCACAACUUUUGCCCUUUGGUAUCGGGAUAACUGAAAUUCAAAGUAUUGCUAAACAAUCAUCAAUCGAAGAGGAAGUAUAUUCCACACAAAUAAAUAAGUACUAGGUAGGUAAUCAAAAAAUUCAUUGGAAAAAGAAUCUGGAUUGGUGGAUGCUAAAAAAUUACUUUUCAUAGAUACAUCCAUCCAUACCCAAUAUUAGUCAUCUGAAGUAAGGUUAUUGACAUAGUAUCUACCAAUCAUAGGUUAUAGGACAAGGUUACAUGUG